AUGAUCGAUGUAAAUCCUCUGAUUUAUAAACAAUCGAAUGUAAAUGAACUUGAUAAUAAUGAACAAAUUUCACUAUUUUCACGUUUACUUGAAACUCUUAUACGACAUGCAAUAAAACAGAAGAACGGAGAAACUAUUGUUAUUGAUAAACAAUUAACAUAUAAAUCGGGAAAAACUCUUUGUGAAGUAAUAAAAGAUACAGUUAUUAAAUGGGGUCGAACAACACAUAUAAAUGAUCCAAAUUUAAUUCGAGAAAUGUUUAAAUUAAUUUAUAAUCAAUAUGAUGGAAUUCAACAGAUCUCUCAAUGUCUUGAACGAACUUAUGUCAUAAAUGAAAAAUCUGUACCUGAUAUAACAUUAUUAUUACGUAAAUUAAGUAUAGUACGUGCACUUUUAACUGUUCAAAUGGAUUCAGAUGAAGAAGCAAUAAUGAUAUCAUGUUUAAAUGAUAUAAUGGAUAAUCGAGUAUUUUAUCAACAUCCUGAUUUAAUGCGUUCACUUUGUGUACAUGAAACAGUUAUGGGUGUAAUGGUUAAUCGUUUAACUAAAAGUAAACAAGAACAAACAUCAAUGUCAUCAAUGAAUGAUAUUGAUGGUAUUAUACAAAUAAAUGAAACUGGAGAAAAUCAAGAAAUUCAUGCUCCUAAAGAAGAUAAAGUUGAACUUGUAACAACAUGUUGUAAAUUUUUAUCAUAUUUUUGUCGUACAUCACGUCAUAAUCAACGUGCUAUGUUUGAACAUUUAAGUUAUUUAUUAGAAAAUAGUUCAAUGUUACUUUCACGUCCAUCACUUCGUGGUUCAGCACCAUUAGAUGUAGCUUCAGCUAGUGUAAUGGAUAAUAAUGAAUUAGCAUUAGCUUUACGUGAAUCACAUUUAGAAAAAAUUGCUUCUUAUUUAUCACGUUGUGGUACAACAAGAAAUGAAGAAUUAUAUCUUCAAGGUUAUCAUGAUAUUGGUUGGGAUCCAGUUGAUGGUGAACGAUUUCUUGAUUUUCUUAAAUUUUGUGUUUGGGUUAAUAGUGAUACAGUAGAAGAAAAUGCUGAUUUAGUUGUACGUUUACUUAUACGUCGACCAGAUUGUUUAGGUCCAGCAUUGAGAGGUGAAGGUGGUGGUUUACUUAAAGCAAUACGAGAAGGUAUUGCACAAUCACUUUAUAUUGCACGACGACAAAAUCCAGAUGAUCCUGUUAUACAAGCUGCGUAUCAAGAAAUAAUUGAUGAUGAAAGUAUGCAUAAUUUAAAUGAAGAAUAUGAUCAUCUACAAGUUCGUUUACCAUAUGCCGAUGAUGAAGAAUAUAUUGAUUUAGGUGCUGCUGAAUUAUCAUUUUAUUCUAUAUUAGUUGAAUUAUUAGGACGAUGUGCACCAUCUGAAGAAACAAUUAAAAUGGGAAAACAAAAUGCUAUUCGAGCAAAAUCAAUUCUUAAAAGUCUUGUUUCAAUGCAUGAUCUUGAAGGUGUUCUUGGUCUAAAAUUUCUUUUAUCAAACGAAAAUUCAAUGCCACCUGGUCUUCAACCUGCUCAUAAAAUGUCAAUUAUACUUUUUCUUGAACGUGUAUAUGGUAUUCCUGAUCAAGAAACAUUUUUUCGUCUUAUUGAAGAAGCAUUUCUUCCGGAUAUUCGUUGUGCUACUAUUCUUGAUAUGGGAACAGUAUCUGAAAGUGAUAUGGCAUUAGCAUUAAAUCGUUAUUUAUGUACUAAUAUUAUACCAUUAAUGACAUCACAUGCACAUUAUUUUAAUAAUUGUGAUCAUCGAUCAUCACUUCUUCAAUCUAUAUUACAGACUAUUUAUCGUUUAUCAAAAUGUCGUUCAUUAACUAAAAAUCAACUUGAUACUAUUUGUGGAUUUUUACUUGCUUUUGCUAGUCAAUUAAAACCAUCAAUGAUGACACCAUUAUUAAGAAAACUUGUUCAUGAUGUACCAGAAUUGACAGAUCAAACUAUUGUACCAUUAAGAAUGCUUACUCAAUGGUAUGAACAAUGCAGUCGAUAUUAUACGAUUUCUGCUACAGAAGAAGAAAAACGUUUAACUAUGGUGUUAUUUCAAAAACUUUUUGAUGCACUUGCAUCUCGAGUAUGUAUAGAUGAUAAGAUCUUUGUAUUUCUUUUUUAUUCAAAUCGUAUUCAGACAGAGAAAAAAAAAGAUAGAAGAGAGUAUGAGCUUCAAAAUUAGACUAGAAAAAUUUGAUUUUUCAAUCAUGAUUGAUAGAGUUAUGCAUUAGGGAAAAAAAAGAAAUCAAACUUUAGCGAGUGGAGCCUAUCGGAUGAAAACUUUUUCGAACCUUACUUUAAUACUCUCAAUGAAAUUUUCUGAUCGAAAUUGGAUAGUCACUCCGAAGAUACGAGAUACUUUUUCCUAGUUUUUUUGCAUUCGAUGACUAAACCCCCCUCCAUAAUUGAAGAUCCCUCCAUAUUACAAGACCCUCCCAUAAUAGAAGACCCUUUUGGAAAAAAAUUUUGUCCCACGUA